CACAGCGCAGCGCCGUCACUCGGCCGGUGCGUGCUGCCCCGGAGGAACAUCAUCGUCGAGAGCCCCCUCUCACCGUCGGACCUACUUUACUGCCCGGUUCGCCUCCCAGGAAGUCGCCUCGUGACAGCAUCGGCGGCCGGGUUAGUUUCGCCUUGGCGGCAUCGCUUCGGGGACUGCCGGGUCCGUGUGUUUCGGACGCAAGUGUUUCCACUGGCGCGAAGUCGUGUCGCUCGAAUUCGAGCUUCUUUUAGCAGCCCACAUCUUCCGUUAUUCUGAACGCGCGCCUCGGGACAGUGCGAGCGGCUUACGUGCGCGCGAUGAACCCUCGUGGUCGCCGACGUGAGGGCGGAAGGGCGUUUUCUUGAGCGAGCGAUUCUGAUCGUUGGCGUUCUUUGUUUUUCUUUAUAGGUUACAGCAUUAUCUUUUUCUAUUUUUAUUAUUAAUUUACUUAUUUUUCGCUGUGCAUGGACAUCUCUCGUGAGCAUUCUGACCAUUGACUAGCUUUUGCUGGAUACUGUGCGAUUGAGAACAGUAGAAGCGGCAAGAACGAAACUAAAGCUGUGGUUUUGAAGAAAGUUGCUUGAAUUUUCGUCUCCUGCGUGUUUGCGGCUAAAGGGAGAGGACUAAGAGCCAGGCACGGGUCAGUACACAAGAGUGCACAAACGUCGUCGUCAGGUGUACCUAUGAGGAGACUGGCUGUUCACCAACGAUGACGACGUAAAUGCAGAGGUGCCUUUCUACGAGGAUGGAAACGAUAUUUCUAGCAGCGACAAUUUUCCUGGCAUGCGCGCUCGCGCCUUGCGGCCGCUGCCAGGAGGGCGUCCGCGACGACAGCCACGUGGAGAACGUCGUGCACAAGGCCGUCGCCGACGAGUUCAGCAGCGAGAUACUCACCAACCGUACCAGAGCGUACCUGUCGUGUGCCUCCGGUGAGAUGGUGGUGAAAAUCAACUUCAGCGAGCCCUUCCGUGGCAUCACGUACGUUGACUACGACAAGACCAGCCCCUGCAAGUUCUACGGUGACGGGAGGAAGUACUACGAGCUAAGGAUACCGCUCAAGGGGUGCGGCACCAAGCAGGAGGCCCCACGAGUUUUCAUCAACAAUAUCAUUGUACGCUUCCAUCGGUCCCUGGAGCUCGAAGAAGAUGAAAUAAAGACCAUCAUCUGCCGCUACCCGCCUCCGCUGGCGCCACCGCCUACCAACGUGAUUGCGCCUAUUAUCGAGGCUCCGCCAAUAUUGCCAGCUACGAAGCAUCCGAAACUCUCCGAGGUCGAGUUGCUCCUCAUCAUAUGCGCGUUGCUGUUCUUGACGCUUCUGCUUCUGGGCAUAGGAAUCGCUUACUACUGCCUGAAGAAACGCAACAUCAAGGUGGUCAAGAAGAAGAAGGGCAUCUCCUCGGCACCCGCUUCGGAGAUCACCAAGCUCAGCGGCUCAACCAUGGGCACACUGUCUAUGUUUGACCCGAUUCGCAUACCACGGGCAAUGGCCGCCUCCACUUCCGGCUCAGAAGCUGCUCUGCUCACGCCUGUUUCCGCUCAGCGGUCCGAGACGAUACCAUCAGAUUACCCCAGCGAGUCGCCGUCCUCAGCGUCGGACGCCGAAGAGGUCGUGGAGCAGCGACACGUCGUUUUAUCGGCUGUCCCGGUGCAGAAGCAGUACGAUAAUGCCGCCUUUGCAGCCGAGCCGUACCCGGUGGACGCUGAAAGGGCCGAGUCUCUGUCUUCGGUCCAGAUAGCGACGGUCUACAAGCCGUCCAUACCCAGGGCAAAAGCGAAGCCGUAUCCGAUAGAUCAAGAACGCGAUGAAUCAGUGUCGUCUCUGCAGCAGGCGCAGAUGAUCCUUAAGGCAGCCUCGGCGAAGCAACAACAGCUGCAGGCAAUAUCCGAAAGCGAAGACCAGCUUGACACUGAGACUGUGGAGAAGAGCUAUGCGGCUGUGUCUCGCGUGGUCGCUGCGCCUCCGACCGCGUACAGGGUUGAGCCUCCUGUCUACACGAAAGUGCGCAAGAAGGAAGAGCCUCGACCACCGUCUCUGUAUGGCAGCAUCCCCGACAACGAUGACUGGUCUCACUCGGAAGUCGAGUUUGCCGCUGAUAUGAAGCCGCUCAUCCGAAAGCCCAAACGAACCACCCAAGUUCUCACCGACUAUCUUGUCACCAAACAGGACGACACAGAUCUCCGAGAGGACGUGACAAAACGCCACCAGGACAAGUUGCGUACGCUAGCGGUGUCCUCCGAGGCUCCAGAUACUUCCGUGUCCGAGAUCACUGCCAUUCCCGAAACGACGUUAGCACCGCGUAAGCCGAAAAUCACGGUCAAAAAUAUUGAUGAGGUGUUCGUGACCACGGAGCACGAGACUAUUGCCACUGAGCACGUCGUGAAGACGACGAAAGAUACCACAGAACAGCUCGUGAAAUCUCCGACAACACCGCCCUCUUGGGACGUGACUAUCAGGCACUAUGCGCCGGAGAAUGAAGGACCAUCCGCACCCGGAUCGCCAAUUCCUCCAAGGUCGCCUUCUGGACAGCCUCCGUACACAGAUAGACAAACCUGGGAAGCGGAUACUACAGAAGUACGCCGAACCACAACCACUGCCGACCACCACCUCCGGACAAGCUUUUCACCGGAGCCGAAGAUGCCGCGCACCACAUCGCCUCCCCAGUGGGACGUCUUAAACAGGCUGAUCACCCCACCGCCUGUCGAAGGUGUUGAAGAACUUACGCCUGACGUGAAAACCAAGUGGAGGACGCUCGUGACCGUCGACGAUGUCUUCCGGACGCUCGUGCACGAGGCGACGACGACAGAGGAAUACGUCCGAAUCAGCCACGACUUCCGGUAUGAGGCUAUGUUCGAACGCCGCGUGUGGGACGUUAUCAUACGUGUCCUGACAUAUCCGGACCACCUCCAUCCGCCCAUCCAAGCUGAAUUCCCGCCUGAGGUGAGACCGGCGCGUUACCGCAAGAACCAAGAACAGCGGCGAAAAUCGUCGCUACCGCACGUACUCUCCGGCGCUGGUAUCCCAGCUGAUCUGAGGUCAUUGCCAGAGUCGCACCGGUCCAAUUCGAUUGGCGACUUCGACAUGAGGUCUAUGACUGAGAUUGAUGUAGACUUCUCGCGUCUGGAACGCGAGUCUAUCUCCAGUGAUGACACUGUGCGGACUGGUCUCAGCAUCACCGACCGAGCCACGUCCGAGUUUCUUGAGGAUAUUCCCAGCGUCGAGGGCCGGGCUUCUAUUGACGGAUACCUGCCUGUCGUCGAGAGGAUGACGGCCGCACCAGCUGUCGACACAGCUGACGCUCGCAGCGAUGCUACUUUUGACAUUCCCAGCGGCAGUUUUGGGCCCGGCGGCUCCCAGGGAGCCAGUCGCACGUUUGUGGAGCGCUCUUCGAGGCAGUACUUCGAAGACCUGCCGGGCAGUCAAAGCAGGAUCACGUCGGAUCACAUGAGGAUGCAGACAUCGAGGGUCGUGAGGACGGGAGGCCUGGAACGCGCGCCCAGCAUGGAUGGCAGAGAAGAAAUAAAGUCCAUCACUGAGCAGGACAUCUACGACUGGCUACGGUGAUUGCCAACUUGCAAGUCCCCGCGUCAGCUCCAACUUCUCGUGCGUAGCGGCGCACCGCUUUACACCGUAAGACUUGCUUUCACACGAGUGAUACUGUGCCACAAGAUGAUGCAAAGUGCACCGAUGGUGCCUGCUGCCUAACUAUAAUCCAGGAGCUCCAGAACAACGCAGUGAAUGCGACUGACGACAACAGAACUAAAUGUUGCGCAAUGAACUAACGGCUUGUUUUUUUCUUUCUUUUAUUUUUGCCUGCGUGCUUCUUGCAACUGAUUGGUGACGAAUUGAGGCUGUGUCGAGAUAUUGUAAAAUAUGAAUCAGAGUGUUGUCUGGCAUACAUUUACAGGUAGCGGCUUCCAGGUUAUCUCCUGCGAUUCCCCAUAAGAUCCAAUGGUUUUCAUCCUUAACAGAGGACGAGCUUUCUUAGUUGGUUAUCGCGAAAUUUCUUCGUACAAUUUUUGCUUUUGAUCUAGGUACAGUGUAAGACUCAUAUGAACUAUACAUCUGUGCAUAGAGUGCUAGCUGCGGCGUCUACUUCAGAAUUUAAAAUAUAAGGAAGUUACCAAGCUUGCCAUAAUCAAACUGCUUGCACUUCAGCAGUAUAUGUCAGUACAGCUUAAUGUGUAUGUGAAGAUCGGAACUGGAAGCUGGGAAAUGGAGUCGUGAGUACGACGGCGCCAGUCUCCCAAGUUUAAGAUAUGGAAUGCUUUGGGUGGUACUUGAGUCCGAACGUAUAUAUAUAUAUAUAUAUAUAUAUAUAUAUAUAUAUAUAUAUAUAUAUAUAUAUAUAUAUAUAUAUAUAUACACAUAAUUUCUAAUCUCGAGUCACUGUGCACGAUGUUAAGGGAAAGCCUGCCUUCGUGAGCGGUUUUACUGCCAUUUUGAGUCGUUAAGGCGGCCCGUUCAAAUCAACACAAAAGGGAGUAACAUAGUGCAUAUAAUGGUAGCUUGUGUUAAUAUCGUGUACAUUGCGUUUUGUUUCAUUGAAGAAACCUUGCGCUGCAUAGACUGCUUGUUUUGUUUUAAAGCGUACAGUGUUUGCUGCCUUUGACAGAUUUAUGACGAGGCCCUACUGCCAUUUAUGUAUUUAUUAAUCGAGACGUGUUACAGAUGAAAAUAAAGCGCACUUUACACCAUCGCUUAAGUAAUAAAAUUGAUUCUGGAA